AUGGCCUGGUGGUUGGCUGCAGUAAACAUGGAUUCCCUGCUGAAUGGAUCCUGGGAGAGCGCAAACGUUACCAUGUCUCCUCCUCCUCACUCGUCCUUUAACGGAUUGGACCUACUGAUGGAACUAAAGCUGCUUUUUGUGCCUCUGUAUGCUAUCUUAGUCCUGGUAGCAUGCUUCGGAAACCUUUUCCUCCUCUUUCUGAUUGGAUUUAACAAGAAGCUCCAUAGCACAACAAACUUCCUGAUUGGAAACUUGGCUCUGGCAGACUUGGUCAUGUGUCUUUUCUGUGUUCCCCUGACCGUUUUUUAUGCCUUUGACAAGCGUGGAUGGAUUUUUGGCCAUUUCAUGUGCCGUUUUGUCACGUUAAUGCAAACUGCCACUGUCUUCGCUGCAGUCCUGUCUCUGACCGCUAUUGCGGUGGACAGAUAUGUUGUGGUUGCCUAUCCCAUUCGGAGGCGUGUAGGCCGGCAUUUCUGCACGGGUUUGGUGGGAAGCAUAUGGCUCUGCGCCUUGGUGAUGUCUAUCCCGGUUGCCCUGAACACUGUGUAUCUGGACCUGAGUGCUGCCGGGCAUCACAUGGCUGUAUGUGAAGAGUUCUGGCAGGAGCAGGAGCUUGGUCGACUCGUCUACUCCUGCUUUCUCCUGCUCCUGUCCUAUUUUGUCCCUUUAGCUGCCGUGUCCAUAUCCUACUGUGCCAUCUCAUGUCACCUUCAGCAAAGGGCCACGCAAGGCCUCAUGGCUGCCAUCCCGUCGAACCAGGCAAAAUGGGGCCGCAAGAGACGCAAGACCUUCCGGCUGCUGCUUGUAUCCGUGCUGUGUUUCGCUUUCUCCUGGCUUCCCUUGCAGGUGGUCAACCUCAUCCGUGACCUGGACACUGAUUUUGCAAUCUUGAGCAAAAGUCAUGUCAAUGUGAUCCAGGUCUCGUGCCACCUGCUAGCUAUGAGCUCGGCGUGCUUCAACCCCUUCAUCUAUGCCUCUCUGCACAACAAGUUUCUAUCCUACCUGUGUCACCACAUGUUCCACAGUAGCAGACAAAAUCAAGCCCAGAACAGUUCUAGCACCUCGACACGCUUACCACGUCAGCGCACCAGCUCCACCCUGGCUGAUAUUCCUAUGGCUGUAGGCAAGAUGUUACAUGAAUAA